CGUUUCGCACGGAGCGAUUAUGCGACGCAUAACCUCUGUUCUUCAACUAUUUUCCUCCGCAGGACAGUUGCUGGCGGCGGUUUUUUGGCAGCUAACAUGAAGGAAAACACGAAAUAAUUCAGAAUGUCCACUUGUUUUGUCGUUUAACGUUGAUAUAAAAAAACCACACAAUGCAGUCACAAAUUUUAUUCAAAGGAACAGCCGCAGCUGUUGCUGUCCGAAGACUCCGGAACAUUUUGGGUCCCGUCAUGUCAAGGGGAGGCUGGAAAUGGAGCACGCAUGAGGUCAAACUCUUAAACACUUCAUCAGGUGACACUGUGAAGAUAGGGGAGAUCUCUUAUCAGCUCAAGACACCAAGAAACCCUGAGCUCGUCCCAGUAAAUCACAUGACAGAAUCCAUGCCACAGACAGUUGCUCAGCACCUUCGCUGGAUCAUGCAGAAAGACCUGCUGGGACAGGAUGUGUUUCUCAUCGGUCCUCCUGGCCCGCUGCGCCGCUCCAUUGCCAUGCAGUAUCUGGAGCUGACGAAGAGAGAGGUUGAGUACGUGGCUCUAUCGAGAGACACAACUGAGACUGAUCUCAAGCAGCGCAGAGAAAUCCGCUCUGGCACAGCCUUCUACAUAGACCAGUGUGCUGUGAGAGCGGCGACCGAGGGCCGAAUUCUGGUUCUGGAGGGGCUGGAGAAGGCCGAAAGGAACGUGCUGCCUGUCCUCAACAACCUGCUGGAGAACCGUGAGAUGCAGCUAGAGGACGGACGCUUCCUCAUGUCGGCCCAGCGCUACGACAAACUGCUGCAGGAGCACACUAAAGAAGAACUGGACCAGUGGAAGAUCGUGCGUGUGAGUGAGGAUUUCCGUGUCAUCGCUCUGGGGCUGCCUGUGCCACGCUACAAGGGCAACCCUCUAGAUCCACCCUUACGCUCACGCUUCCAGGCUAGAGACGUCUACUACCUUCCCUUCAAGGAUCAGCUCGAAAUCCUGUACAGUGUUGGACCAAAUGUGAAAGCUGAAAGAGUGUCUCAGCUCCUGUCGUGUGCUACUACUCUGUGCUCACAAGAAUCUGCCAAUCUGGGUCUUCCUGACUUUCCUGUGGACAAUCUACCACCUGCUAUCAAAGUGCUGGACUUGUUCCCCAUGCUGUCCACUCAGCAGCUGCUCCAGAGACUCUACCCGUAUGAAGCCAUGCUGGGGAAAGAGGGUCGAAAUGCAGUGGAGGGUGUGCUCACUCGUUUUGAGCUGAUGGACGGAAAGAAGCUGCCGUCUCCCCGUGCUGUGGUACAUGUGGAGCCAGGGCACACAGGAGAAGCAUCAGUUACCCUCAGCAUUGCUGAAAAAAUCACUUCCUUCCAGGUUCCAGCAGGAUCACGGCCCCCCCGGUCACCCGACAGCAGUCCGUCUUUCAUCAGCACCUCCACCCACUCUCGCCUGCUAGCUGAGAUGAUGCAGUCUCACCUCGUCAAAGACAUGUGUCUCAUCGGAGCCAAGGGUUGUGGCAAAUCUGUGAUUGCCAAAGAGUUUGCUGAAAUGCUUGGGUAUAGCAUUGAGCCAAUCAUGCUCUAUCAGGAUAUGACAGCGCGGGAUCUGCUCCAGCAGCGUUACACGCUGCCUAAUGGUGACACGGCCUGGAGGGCUUCUCCGCUUGUCAGUGCAGCUCAGGAGGGCAAGCUGGUGCUGCUGGACGGAAUCCAUCGGGUUAACCUGGGAACUCUGGCUGUGCUGUCCAGGCUGCUGCAUGACCGAGAGCUGGCUCUAUAUGAUGGAACUCGGCUACUGAGGUGGGACCGUUACCUCGCCAUGAAAGAAGAGCUCGAGCUCACUGAUCGUGAGCUGCAGGAGAGGCGUAUCUUUCCCAUCCAUCCUUCAUUCCGGGUUAUCGCUUUGGCUGAGCCACCAGUGGCAGGCAGCAGUUCUCAGCAGUGGCUCAGCCCUGAGCUCCUCACCAUGUUCUUCUUCCAUUCAGUCAGACCUCUUGCAAAGGUGGAGGAGGCGGCAGUUAUCCAUGGAAUGACUCCAAAUGUUCCAAAAGAAGCCGUGGAACAGUUGCUGCAUUUGACCCACAGUCUGAGAAGCACCAACGACCCAACUGCCCAGUCUUUGGCUUCUUCAUUGUCCACCAGGCAGCUGUUGAGAAUUUGUCGCCGUCUGGCUCAGUAUCCUGAAGAAAGCAUCGCUCAUGCUGUGAAUAAAGCCUGCUUAUCUAGGUUCCUCCCUAGCCUGGCACGCUCUUCUCUGCAGAAAACCCUGGCGAAUUGUUCGAUAGACGAGCGGACUGAUCCAGUGAAAAAUAGAGAGCUAAAGCAAGACACCACCUGCACAAUUAGAGACGGAGUUCUCACCAUAGGCAAGGUCUCCGCCCCUGUCUAUAGCCCUGAUGAGAAGAUGAAGGUCCCCGAUGUACUUUUUUAUGAGAACACUCAGCAUAUGAUGGUUAUGGAGGACAUGCUGAAGGACUUCUUGUUGGGGGAACACCUGCUGCUGGUGGGCAAUCAGGGUGUGGGGAAAAACAAAAUUGUGGACAGAUUCCUGCAUCUAAUGAACAGACCCAGAGAAUAUUUGCAACUUCACAGAGACACUACGGUCCAGACGUUGACUCUUCAGCCAUCUGUGAGGGAUGGGAUAAUUGUUUAUGAGGACUCGCCGCUGGUGAAGGCUGUAAAGAUGGGUCACAUCCUGGUAAUAGAUGAGGCAGAUAAAGCUCCCACUAAUGUCACCUGUAUCUUGAAGACUCUGGUGGAGAGUGGAGAGAUGAUCCUGGCUGAUGGCAGAAGAAUAGUGUCAGAUCCAAUGGAAGCAGAUGGGCGAGCCAAUGUUAUACCCAUGCAUCCAGACUUUCGCAUGAUUGUUUUAGCUAAUCGACCAGGCUUUCCUUUCUUGGGAAACGACUUCUUUGGAGCUCUUGGGGACAUCUUUAGUUGCCAUGCAGUGGACAACCCGAAACCUAAGGCAGAGUUGGCUAUGCUAAAGCAGUAUGGACCUGAUGUUCCUGACACAGUUCUCCAGAAACUCGUGGCAGCAUUUGGAGAGCUGCGUGCCAUGGCUGACCAGGGAACCAUCACUUACCCUUACUCCACUCGGGAAGUGGUCAACAUUGUCAAACACCUACAGAAAUUUCCAGACGAGGGCCUGGCUAACGUAGUGAGGAAUGUGUUCGACUUUGACGCCUACAACAAGGACACAAGGGAGGUUCUGAUUGCAGCUCUGCACAAGCAUGGCAUUCCCAUCGGAGCCAAACCCACCAGUGUCCACCUGGCCAAGGAGUUGCCGUUACCAGACUGUAAGAUGGCUGGGUAUUGGACUAUUAACCAGGGUGGCGGUGCACGGCGGAAACUGCUGUGUCCUACCGAAUCCCAUCGUAUAGAUAUCAAGGGCCCAGUGUUUUUAAGAGUACAGGGUUAUCCAUUGGAGAGACACGAGGCCAGAGCGAUGAGCUUCACAGAGGAGUAUGCACACUGGCAGCUCCCCAUGAAUGAAGUCAACAUCGUCUGUGACGUCACCACUGAUAACGAUGUGAUUUAUGUGGCGACGUGUAACCCCGUGUCACUGUACGCCAUGCGUGAGCGGGCAGACACGCUGCAAUCCAUUGAGCUGUAUGAUGUCUUUCCCCGGACCAUCAGCGGAGUGUGGCAGCCUUUCAUCACUGUGGCUGCAUUGGGCAGCCCGCUUAAGGGCCAGGUGGUGCUUCAUGAGGAGCAGAGUAACACAGUGCUGCAUGUGGACCUGGUGACCGGUGCAGUGAGGAGACUCGUCCUAUCUCCAGGUAAAGAGGAGGAACCCGUGCACAAAACCUCCAACUGGUGGAACACAAAAGACUCUCAGUCAGCAUCCAAAAUGUGCCGGGAGUUUGCUCACAAGAACUGGCUCCUGUUCUACAAAGCUGAUGGGAAUCAGCUGGACGUUCUGGAUGUGCUGGAAGGCCAAGUCCACACCAUCACCCUCCCCAUCAACGUUAAGGCUGUAUUCUUGGUGGCUGAAGACCGCUGGCUGUUAAUUGAGAGCACAACUGACAGGAAGUUCCUGUUGACCAAGCCCAUGCCCAUGGGAGUAGAGGAGUCAGGUGUGUGUCAGCUUCAUACCAUCAGUGAGGAUGGAGUCAGCAGUGGCUUUGGUACCAGCUCAGGGAUGGAACCUGGCGCCCCUCAGGAUGUGUCCAGUGAACAGCUGCCCAAUGAGAACCUCAGCGCUGCCCUGGGACAGAAGAUCGUCUCACCAAACCGCCUCAUUUGUGACAGUAACACCUACGCUAACAUCAUAGUGGGCUUUCCGGACCUGCUGUCUCCGAGUGAGGUGUACAGUUUUCAGAGAAAAUCAUCCCUCACAGAAGGCAGAGGGCCUGACAUGUUUUUUGGGUCGAGUCGCCGCACCGGACCUGCGAAAAGAGUCAACUGCGUCAGUCUGGUAGGAGCCAAUCAGGUGGUGCGAGCGCUUCCCCCUACACAAGUGCCUCUGGCUGACAUUUACCCUAAAGAUAUCACCCCGCCUUUGACUUCUGCCUAUCUCGAGGUAACGGAUCUGAACACCAAGAAAGUCAAGUAUAUUCCAGUGCCAAGGACUAUGUCCAUGUCUCCUUACACGGCAUGGAUCUCUAAGGUGUCGGACACUGAUGUGCUGAUCGCUCCACUGGGCUCUGGUGGGGUUGUGACUGUAGAUAUGGGAGGCUAUGUGAGGGUGUGGGAGACAGGAUUGGACAGUUUGCAGCGCUCCCUGCUGGAGUGGAGGAACAUGAUCGGUUCCGAGGACGGCCGACCUGUCCAGAUCACCAUUCAAAGAGACAGUGGUCUCGAUGUCAGCGCACCAAAACAUGGCAAGAUUGACACCAGGAAUGCCCCUCACGUAGGGGGUAAUCAGUGGGCAGGAGGCACGGGGGGCAGAGACACAGCAGGCCUCGGGGGGAAGGGAGGUCCUUACCGUCUAGAUGCUGGCCACAAAGUCUACCAGAUUUCCCAGGCUGAGAAAGACGCUGUGCCUGAUGAAGUGAAGAGAGCUGCGCGAGAAAUGGCUGAGAAGGCCUUUAAAGAGAGACUGAAGGAGAUUCAGAUGAGUGAGUAUGACGCCACCACAUAUGAGCGUUUUUCCGGAGCUGUCCGGCGCCAGGUCCAGUCCCUACGCAUCAUUCUGGACAGCCUGCAGGCUAAAGGGAAGGAAAGGCAGUGGCUGAAGAACCAGGCACUGGGAGAACUGGAUGAUGCCAAGAUUAUUGAUGGCUUGACUGGAGAGAAAGCUAUUUACAAACGCAGAGGAGAGCUGGAGCCAGAGCUGGGCACACCUCAGCAGAAGCCCAAGCGAUUGCGUCUGCUAGCUGACGUGUCGGGCAGCAUGUACCGCUUUAAUGGUGUGGACGGGCGCCUGGAACGCUCUAUGGAGGCUGUGUGUAUGGUGAUGGAGGCACUAGAGAACUACGAACACAAGUUCAAGUAUGAUGUAGUGGGCCACUCUGGGGAUGGACUUGAUAUAGAACUGGUCAGAUGUGACAAAGUGCCAAAGAACAACAAACAGAGACUGAAUGUCUUAAAGACCAUGCAUGCACACUCUCAGUUCUGUAUGAGUGGAGACUACACACUGGAGGCCACAGAGCACGCUGUGAAGGAGCUGGCCCGCGAGGAGGCUGACGAGCACUUUGUUAUUGUGCUGAGCGAUGCCAAUCUGGAGCGCUAUGGCAUCAGCCCUGACCUCUUUGCCCGCACACUCACUAGCAACCCUCAGGUCCAUGCCUUUGCCAUCUUUAUCGGUUCUCUUGGUGACCAGGCCGAGAGGCUCCAGAGAACCCUGCCGGCAGGCCGCUCUUUUGUCGCCAUGGACACCAAAGAGAUACCUCAAAUCCUGCAGCAGAUCUUCACCUCCACGAUGCUGUCCAGUGCCUAAACAGGCCCGACCACCCAGGAUUCCUCUGCUGGGCUCCUUGGACUCAGUCGCUGCAGAUUCCAGUCUUGUGGCAGCCCUGUUCUGCAUUUCCACACUAGUUUUUCAUUUUUAAAUCAUUAACUUUACUUAUUUAAAGUGACACAUUACCCACUACAGAUUGUUGAGUUUAUAUACUGUUAAUACAUUUCAUUUGAUUGUAUUGUACAAGUGUGUCAUGUGUACAUGUGUACGGCAAAAAAACCCAACUAAACGCUGAUUUUCAUCUGG